UGAAUGGAUUGGUGCUAUUGAUCAGCUCUCACCUUGCCGUGGCUGGGGCGCUGUGGGUUCGUGUGGGCCUAAAAGGGCGCUGUAAAUGCUUCGCUCAGCACCAGACAGGCACCAGUCGCGUCACCAGACCCCAGCAGUACCCAAAUUUCGACCCGGCGCACAUUGAGGCUCAAUCCCAUCUCCCCAAGAUUGGGCAGAAUCUGCACUUCCCUUGACUCCUCCCCGCUCACACACGCACUGCAAACAAUAACCUUGCCGUCUCGCUACGCCGACCAUGACCUCGGACGGUUCUGACAAGGGGCAUCGCUCCCGGCGGCAGAGGCGCGACGACCGCGACGAUCGCGACGACCGGAGACACAAGACGCGACGCGAAAACGAAGACGGAGAUGCUAAAGACAUAAGCGGCGCCGCCGAGAGGCGCGAGAGAUCGAGAGACCGCAGCAGGCGACGACACAGGCGCUCGCGAAGCCCUGCGCAUAGAGAACACCGGAGGAGCGGCCGCUCACGGGACAGGAGGGACCGAGACCAGGAUCGAGACCGAGACCGAGACCGAGGCGACGGCCGCAGAGAUGGCAACGAUCGCGGCCGCCGCCGAGACGGGGACUCAGAGCGCGACGGCAGAUCGUCGCGCCGCAAUCGGGAUGAACGGACGGGCGGAGACGGCAGUCAAGACGACGAGGACCGGGGAAGGAGGGAGCGCAAGAGGAGGCGGUCACGCGACGAUCGAGAGAGGAGCAAUCACAAGAAGGAAGAGGGCACGAACGCGCGCGCCAUAGAGAACGGCCCCGGCCAGAGCGAGGAGGCACCUCGCCCUCCGGUGCGUCGCGGCGGACCUCUGCCGUCGCAGGCCGACUCGUUCGCCGUGAUGGACGCCAUCGCCAACGGGGAGGCGCCGCCGGUGCCCAAGGAGCAGCCAAACUUCGGCGUCUCGGGCGCGCUCGCGGCGGCGUCCAACUCAGUGCAGCAGGCGGACGGGACGGUCAUCACGCUCAAGUACCACGAGCCGCCUGAGGCGCGCAAGCCACCUUCGCGCGACGACUGGCGACUCUUCGUGUUCAAGGGUGACGGCGACCUGGCCGACACAGUGCCGCUGUCAUCGCGCUCGUGCUGGCUCGUGGGCCGGGACGCGGCCGUGACAGACCUGCUGGCCGAGCACCCGAGCAUCAGCAAGCAGCACGCCGUGGUGCAGUUCCGGCACGUCGAGAAGCGCAACGAGUUCGGCGACCGGGUCGGCGGCGUCAAGCCCUACCUCAUCGACCUCGAGAGCGCAAACGGGACCGUGCUCAACGGCGACCGCGUCCCCGCCAGCCGCUACCUGGAGCUGCGGCACAAGGACGUGGUCAAGCUCGGGCUCAGCUCGCGCGAGUACGUCGUCAUGCUGGCGCCCAAGGACUGAGCAGUCGGAAGGGAUGGUGCCUGGGGGGAGGGACCACCACGCCCCCCACCAUGUUACGUCUGUAUCGACCGAGCACGCGCCUGAUAUCUAUGCGCAAGGCCGGAACUACGUACAUGGAUACCUAGAUACUUGGCUGCCUAGACAGAGUAUGGUGUCCUUUCAACACGCAACCUGGCAGUAACUCCUCGCCUCUCGAGCGGCGGCUACUACGUGGCCCAGAACGCCACUCCAUGAACCAAAACAGCACAUGUUCGGAGCCCACCUUCUAACCCGUCAAUAUUCUAGCCCACGCUGCGCCCUCUUGGCGUUCGGUUGGCGCUAAGGGGGCUUUCACUGGUCGGAGCCACAAUUCCCCGACCCCCCGGGCCGCCAUCUCCAUUCGCCGAUUUGAUAGCGGGAGCCUCCCCUGCAUAACCCCGGACGUCUUGAGGCUGAGACUCGCUGCGCACCCAUGUCUCUCGAGCCCAGCAACUCGCAGGCGCCGGCAAACGUGUGACUGAGCAUCACAAGCGCCAACAUGGCCUCUUUUUCCUCUUUGUCCUCCGGCCUCGCUCAGAGCCUGCCGUUUUCGCUCGCUUUCCAUGGCCGACAAGUUUUGCCGAUAGGUCGUUUUCACCCUCGAGCCUCACUUCGUCAACGCCCGCCCGCCUCAUUUUCAACACCGAAGACACUCCCAAGCUCCGGUGGGUCCACGGUUCUGCGUGACUCAACCGGCCUCAUCCCCUCGAUGACAGCUCGGUGAGCGUCGCCGGCUUGGUUGCGUCACCACAUUUUCUCUUCUGCCUCAUGGGCGUAUGCGAGAAGAAAAAAAAAAAUGGACGCCACCAGAGAAGUCGAAGAAGAAAUUUGACAUGUCAGUCGUCACGGCUCACGGCUUAUACCGCACACCUUGUACUAUGGGUUUGUCCGAGAACGGAUGUCGCCUCCUGAACCAACAUCGGGCACGCCGUGAAGUAGCUCGAACGCGCAUCCCCGGCCAUUGCCCCGUCAUUGAGGCCUCGUGUUCACGCAGUCAUCAGGUGGCUUGCAAGAGGGCAACGAUCGGGCUUUCUGCCUCCCCAAGGCCUGUUUCAGAAGCAUGAUGGUAUGCGGGAUGUCAAAGCCUCGUGUUUCCUGUGUGUCCUUUUUUUCUUCUCCCUGUGUCACGCAGGUACCCGGCGAUGCGCCCCAAGGAGGGUGUGAGGCCCCAGGCGAGGUGCAGAUGUGAUCGGAGACAUCUCGGCAGACGACAAGAUAACGAGGCGUGGAGCAGUGGGUAAUGAACACCCCGCGAGUUUUUCAUGGUAAAAAACUGAAAGGCAAGGCGAAAUCAAAGGCAGGUGAGCCAAACGUAACGCCCCGUGAGCAGCGGAACAUUUCCGGGCACCGCUCUGGAGAAUGAAGCCUCCGCGAGCUAGACGGGUACUCGAGUAGGAGCUUCUGUUCUUUUUCAUGCAACUCAAGGCAGCAGCAGACUAGGGUACCUACCCAGCGGGCCGCAUUUUCAAGCCCUUUGCAGUGAUAGCCAUUCAAGUAACAAAUGAAAAGUAACAAGCGCAUAUACCCAACCCCGGUCUUGAAUACAGACUGUUCCUCGUGACUUUGUAUGCUCGGUUUUCAGGUUACGUCAA